CAUCGACAUCGUCGUCUCGUCGCUCGUCUGUUCGAUCGUCGACAUCUUCGUCUCCUCGUUCAUCCGUCCGCUCGUCGACAUCAUCCACUCGUCGCUCCUCUGUUCGGCCAUCGACAUCGACAUCGUCGUCUCGUCGCUCGUCUGUCCGCUCAUCCAAGUCAUCUUCUCGUCGUCCGUCCGUCCACUUAGAGACAUCGACGAAGAUGACGACUCUCACGGAGACAUCGACCAAGAUGAAGACUCUCACAAAGACAACCAGUCCUCCAAGAUCCACGAAGUCAACCAAGAGCAAGAAGUCUACCAAGUCAUCAACAAAAACGUCGACACCACAAGACCUCACUGUCAUUCUUGAUGUCGUUUCGGUGAAGACGACAACUGCACGACCCUCCAAUGUCACGGUUGAGGUUGUUUCGACAGAGACGACAACUGCACGAGCUUCGACUUUCCUGGUUGAAGUGGUCACGAAACCGACCAGACAACCGACCAGGUCCUCAAUGCCCACGGCUUCAACCUCCACAACAACCAUCACGGUUUACCCAUCUCCAUCACCUACCGUCUUGCCAACCUCGUCGUCUUCAAGGCUCACGACACAUGGUACCUCCUUCACGACGCGUGGUCUGAUGAAGAGUCCAACCCAUCCGAUCUCAUUGAGAACGAGAACCGUGGCUCGUACUACACCUUCCUCUACUUUGGAGGGUUCCACUCGUACUACACCUUCCUCUACUUUGGAGGGUUCCACUCGUACGAUUUCCUACAGAACGAAGACCGUGGCUCGUGCCACAACCACCACGCAUUUCCCAUCAUCUUCCACAAGUACCUCGGAGCUGAGCGUCUCGUACAGAAUCAAGACCAAGCAGAAGUCGUCUACUGGAGCCAAAAAGACCAAGAAAUGUUCAUCCACUCGCAGAGUUUCGUCUGUUCCGAAGAAGCCAGCCUCUCCCGAGACGUUUAUUACACGCACGACGGUCCGCAGUCCGACUACCACAACCACUACCGCCACCAGGGUUUCCACCAGCAUCAGCACCAGUGUCACCACCACCGUCAGCACAAAGUUCAAGAAAGGACGAACUACCGCCACCAGAUGGGAGAAAACUCGCACCAAGACUAAGACGAAGACACCUCGUGCCAGAACCAAGACAAUCAUCAGGCCCAGCGGUGUCAGAACAGAGUAUCUCCUCUCCACCAAGACUAAGAUGGAGACCAAGGUUCUUCAUCACACCAGGACCAAGACUCGUCAGCACACCAGGGCUACGACUCGUCAACACACCAGGACCAGGACCACAACUGCCACCACGAUUACUUACAUUGGGGGCGUCCAAACCAAGACAGUCACUCUUGAUGUUGACGGACCUCCCAGACCCACCGAGACAGUCACUGUCGUUACUGGCAGACCUGACGGAUCCACCAGAACCUUGAGCCGCACUGGCCCGACUGUCGUUGUCUCCGAAAAACCCGACGUCACAAUCACUAUACCUGGCCACAGCACAACAAUCACAAGGCGCCCAAGCACCGCAAGCACUACCGUUGAUUCUAGUACACCGGGAUCUCAAACUAUUACAGUAUCCGACGCCAGAGUCCGUCAGAUCCGCGGCAUGAAUGCUGGUAUCAACGAUCGGAAGUUGGGAACAUUCAAAGGCCUUGGCAAGGAUCGCAAGACGGUCAAGUUCCCCAACAAGCACGGCAGCGAUGCCUGCAAGGCAAUGAGCAAGAAGUGCAAAUUCGCUGCCAAGGAUGACAACACGGUAUUGCCAUGCCAAGAAAGGCUCGCGUACGAGGUCUUCCAACUGUACGAGGCGGAUCCAAACCAGUCGUUCGCCAGAGGAGAAGUGGUCGCGUGCAUUGACCAGAACACCAACUACUGUGCCUCGAUCGACUGGCAGCCAUGGAUCCAGAAGAGUCCCAAGGCAGGCAAGUUCGUCGAGGACUUAAUGACACAGAGGAGCUUGAAUGAUCAGGACGAGGUGCCUAUUGCAUCUGUGGUGGAGAGCAUGAACUGGAUGCUGGACAGCGACGCCCGGCUCUGUGGAGAAACACUUCUGACAGUCGAGAAGCAGAGGCACUCCGCUGGGAACAACCUUGGAGAUAUGGUCGGCCGAUACGUGCUCAAGCUCGGUACUGCACCACCCAAGAAGCAUGGUCCUACUUUUGAGGAUGGGAGCAACGACCACUCUACCGAUGACAAGGAUGGCGAUGACGACGGCGAAAGCUAUACCCCCUGGGUCAAGCCCAGCGGCAGACGUCUUGUCUUUCCCAACAUUCAUGACAAUGGCGUUGUCAGUGAUGCAUGAUGAGAUGGCUGGGAUGGCUGGGAAGGCUGGGAUGAAGGGUGUUUGAUGAAUUCAUGAUUGAUUGAUGCUGAUGACGGCGUUUAUCGUUUAAACCUUUUUCUUCCAAUAACAAUUGCUUUCUUCUUUUCUUGACUCUGGCUGGAUACAUGAAUAUGA